AUGGAGUCUUUGGAGCCCAAGGCUGAGUACGGUCGCAUCGCCUUUGACACAUUCGCCCUUGAGGAAUGGGAUUACAGCAAACCACGCGAUGCAGAUGCAGAACAAUGGAUCAUGUUGGUCAAGAAGUAUCUCGCACUUCAGCCGCGUGAACGAACGCGCUAUCACCGAGUGGCCAUCGAGAGUCGUGAGCGCGCCCGAAGCCGAGGCCGAAUUCGAGGAGAGGAUCACCCCCUGCUCACGCAGGAUAACAUUGCAAGGGUUCUUCAGCCUCACCAGACCAUCCAGGAGCGCAACAUAUGCGCCAACAGAUGGGGCCUUGCCACUCCGGUGUGGGUUCGAGCUUGCUAUGAACCUGCGUUGGAGGAUGAAUACCAAGAGCUGAAGGAAGAUUGGGCUUGUGAAGGAGAUGGAUUGUCCGGGGCCUGCCCAGAGGAAUAUUUCCUCCUCGAAGACGCGGCUCUUUAUGACGCUGGCCCUGACUACGAUAAGGACCAGAUUCUCCGAACCAUCGUAGCCCGGCUGCCUUCUCUUGGCGAUUUCUACCCCUACCCCCACAAAAUUGAGCGGAAAGAGAGGGAAUUAGAGGAGCUGAAGGGUGAAGAGGGGGAAGUAUCGAAUUACAGACUCGUAGCGGCAUCGUGUAGAGCAGAAGCUCUCCUCUACAUAAUUGAUGCAGAGGCCAUCCGGGAAAACUUGGUCAAGCUUAUGUGGCUCGACGCCCAUGGAAACAGGGUUUGGAACAACAAGAUCGACCCGAGCGCGAUGGAGGGCAUGCGAGCUACUUUUUCGGAUGGAUACACACUGCUGGAGGCUACUGAAAGUCACUGCGUCAUCGGAAACGAGGAGGACGAGCAAUAG